GAGACAGGCAGGUUGUUGGUAUCUCCAUGUGGUAUAACGUUGAUGUUUACAGUGCUCAGCAAUGGCGCCGGUAAAUCCGAAAUGUAAAGGUAAAAAUAUGAAUAAAAACCACGCGAAAGGUCCUCCUGGAGCUGGUCAUAAAAAUGUGAAGAACAAAUGGAAUCCGGGAAACAAGUUUUUUCAUGGCAGUGUACAGGAGGGUCAGGGAUUUGCCUUCAAGAGGAAGCUACAAACACAACAACAAUACAAUAAACUAUUACGAAAGGAGAAAUGGAGGAAGCAGAAUUCUGACAACCAGCUCAGUGAAACAUACCCUGAGCAUCUGAAGCAUCUCUACAUGGCUGAACAAGAGAGACUUAACCAAGAGGAGCAGAUGAAGAGAGAUGGCAAAGGGAAAGCAAGAAAAGGAGAAGCUGGAAACAAAAAAGACCAGGUCAAUUCACAACUUUAUGCAGAUUUGUGCUCUGAGUCAAUGACUGCUGAGAAAUCGUCCGCCUCUGCUUCAUCAGAUGAUGCACAACAGACUUCACACACUGAGAGCAUUUCACACAGUGACCAACCGAGCCAAAGGAAAUGGAAGAAAAUGUCUUCAUAUCAAAAGAUGCAGGAGGAAUAUAAGAGGAAAAAAGAGGAGCGAGAAAGGAAAAGAGAGGAAUACUUAAAAGAUAAAGAACAGAGAGAGGAGGCUCUGAGGAAGUACAAGGAAAAGAAAAUCGCAUCAUACCAACUGUUAAAGAAGAAGACUAAAAAGGGACAGCCCAACCUGAACCUGCAGAUGGAGCUGCUGCUUCAGAAGAUCCAAGCUCAGCACAAAUGAUGAGAAAAAAACGGCUUCUACCUGCUGUCAAAUAGACUGAUAAAAGAUGCAGCAGGAGAAACUCAGCAACUCUAUUACUGUCAUGUCCAUUAAGUUGGACAUGUGGCUCAAAUGGAUGAUCUGUAUCAACUAUCAACAUUCAUCAGAUGCAUUAACAGUGUAAAAUACAAAAAUUGUUAAAUGCAUCAAAUUCAACCAGGCCACAAUAUGUACAAUAUGAUCAUUUAAUAUAGACUGAUUACUUGUUUUAAAUACAGUUUUGUGGAAAAAUCAUUUUCUCCUUUUUUGAUUGUUAUUGUAUGUUUGACACAAUUAACGCUUUAAGAUUAUUGCAAUAUACUGAGCAUAAGAUUGCACAAAGGAAACCUGAGUAAACAUAUUUUGAAAAACAAUUUAAGGAAUAACAUUCAUCAUUUUCUGUAAUUAUCAACCUUUAGAAGCAAUAAUCACAACUGAACAUUUAAAAUCCUAUAUUAGUACCUCUAUUAAUAGAGGUGCGACUUUAGACCACCCUACAUUACAGAACUGCUUUAAAUAAAAACACUGGUAGAAAUCAGGUUCAACUCAGGAUUAUAGUUAAGCUACUUUAAAACUGUAAUUCUGUUUAUUUGUGAACAUUCAGAUGUGGAAUUGCUUUUGUGUUCUGGAUCAGUGUCCUGCUGCACUUUCAAAUUAUGUCUCUCAUAAUUCCCCCAUUAAUGUAAAGGUCAGGUCCUGGUGCAGCACAGCACCCUCACACCAUCACUUAACUGUUGCUAUAAUGUUAUAAUUCUGUUGGAAUUAAAUUCCUUAUGUAUUACCUUAUUCUUAAUGUGGCCCUUGUAUGUCAAUAAAACACACAAGUGCGUGUUUGCAAGUUAUCUGAUAAGCAUUGAUGGUUAGCACCUAUGGUUAGCUGGGGGUUACCCCUUCAAACUCUCACAUGACUACUUUUGCACUGUUUGCCUAUUUUGUAUUGUCGUGAGUCAUAAACAGUGACACUAGUGCAGAUUC